GUAGCGCUUUCUUUAGCGAACUUCCUCAAUUCUGUGUUGAGAAGAGUCUUUUUUUCGUUCAAGCUAUUCAAGUAUUCCACCAAGGUGCCAGCCUCAGAUAUACUGGAAACUGGUGUAUUUUCCUGUAACACUCUCUCGAAUGCUCUGAUCAACUCGCCUUUCUUCUUUUCGGUCUUGAACGCUUCCAAAAGUAUCGGAUACUUUUCUUCAUACUUUGCAAAUUUCUUCAUCUUGGAGCGUAUUACUGGGGGAAGU